AUGGCACUGCCUCCGCUAUUUCCGUUGGGGAAACGGAAGUCCCGCCCCAAUACCGGAAGUGCAGCGGCCUUACUUCCUCAGAGUCUCUCCAGACGCAGAGUAGAUUGGUUUCCUACCCCGGGUGGGCGCGGACUUGGUUCAGUGCGCGCUCGGGAGCUGUGUCCCGGGAGCGCAGGCCUGCGGGCUGCUCGCGCGGGUUUCCGGGACUGCGGCCGCGUGAGGAGAGCUCCGAUCUGGGUGCCAGGCAAGUGCAAGGCCAUGAACGGCACGGCGAACCCGCUGCUGGACCGUGAGGAGCACUGCCUGCGGCUCGGGGAGAGCUUCGAGAAACGGCCGCGGGCCUCCUUCCACACCAUUCGCUACGACUUUAAGCCAGCAUCGAUAGAUACUUCCUGUGAAGGAGAGCUCCAGGUUGGCAAAGGAGAUGAAGUCACAAUUACACUGCCUCACAUCCCUGGGUCCACUCCGCCAAUGACGGUGUUCAAGGGGAACAAACGGCCUUACCAGAAAGACUGUGUGCUCAUCAUUAACCACGACACUGGGGAGUACGUGCUGGAGAAGCUCAGCAGCAGCAUCCAGGUCAAGAAGACAAGAGCUGAGGGAAGCAGUAAAAUCCAAGCUCGAAUGGAACAGCAGCCCACCCGUCCCCCACAGCCAUCACAGCCACCCCCUCCACCUCCACCCAUGCCGUUCCGAGCCCCAACGAAGCCUCCAGCUGGACCCAAAACUUCUCCCCUGAAGGACAACCCCUCACCUGAGCCCCAGCUGGAUGACAUCAAAAGAGAGCUGAGGGCCGAGGUGGACAUCAUUGAGCAGAUGAGCAGCAGCAGUGGGAGCAGCUCCUCCGACUCAGAGAGCUCCUCCGGAAGUGACGAUGACGACAGCUCCAGCAGCGCCGGUGAGGACAAUGGCCCAGCCUCUCCUCCCCAACCUUCACACCAGCAGCCCUACAACAGCAGGCCCACAGUGGCCAAUGGAACCAGCCGGCCCCAAGGAAGCGCUCAGCUCAUGAACACGCUCAGAAAUGACCUGCAGUUAAGUGAGUCUGGCAGUGACAGUGAUGACUAGCCCCAGGCUGUUGAAAUCUGCUUUCUGGUGCGCAAACGUGCUGCAAGACCCAGCCACUUCUGCCCGGACCGCACGCUCGCACGCCACAGGAGGAUGUGAUCAUUGGCGGUCAGAGCCAUAGGAGUUAAGGCCUGGAAGCACUCAGAUACUCAGUCUUUAACUUGGUGGUGGUGGGUGAUUCUCAUGUAAUUUUUGAACAAUCUCUUGAUUCAGAGUUUAAGUAUAUCUAUAGGAGAACUAA